AUGGAUUCACCAGAGCCUGAUACCCCUUUUGCGGCGGUUACGGCGCAGACGACCAAAUAUGGGAGGUUGUAUCAAACCUACCUCGACAAAUCAACGCCGUACGCAACCUACCGCUGGGCUGGAACAGCCGCGCUCUUCAUCGCCUUUGGACUACGCAUAUUCUUUGCCCAGGGCUGGUACAUUGUCGCAUACUCCCUCGGCAUCUACCUCCUCAACCUCUUCCUCGCCUUCCUCUCGCCCAAAUUCGACCCCGCCCUCGAGCAGGAUGAAGGCAUGGAAGACGGCAACGCCUCGGGCCUGCCCACAAACGAAGACCAAGAGUUCCGCCCCUUUGUGCGCAGACUGCCCGAGUUCAAGUUCUGGUACUCGACCACCAAGGCCAUCGCCAUUGGCUUCUUUUGCAGCUGGUGGGAGAUUUUCAACCUGCCCGUUUUCUGGCCCGUGUUGGUGGUCUACUGGUUGAUUCUCUUUGGACUGACUAUGCGACGCCAAAUUCAACACAUGAUCAAGUACCGCUAUGUCCCCUUUACGGUGGGAAAAGCGCGGUACUCCGGUGCUGCACACUAG